AUGGCGGAGGCCGAGGCCGUGUACCGCUACGAGUCCGGAAACAUCGCGCAUGCCCCGAAGAAGGACUACGGUCCUUUGGACUUCACUGGAAAGUUGGCGGGGGGCCUGCGACUCGACAUCCGCAGGCGAGCACCGCUGUACUGCAGCGAUUGGACGGAUGCCUUCACACCGGAGAACUUCCAGAAGUCGGUAUCGUCCAUUUUGUAUCUGUUCAUCGCCGCCCUUGCCCCUGCGAUUACGUUCGGCAGUCGGUUCCUUGACGGCACGAACGGCCAGUUCGGAGUGAUGGAAAUGAUCAUGAGCACAUGUAUCAGCGGAUUGAUUUUCUCGACAUUUUCCGGUCAGCCCCUUUCGAUUCUUGGAGCUACCGGUCCGUUCUUGGCCUACACGCUUGUCGUCUAUGAUCUGGCAAUUGCCGUGGACGUGGAGUUCAUGCCGUUUUAUUUUUGGACAUGCAUGUGGUGCUCCCUCUUCACCGUGCUGGUGGCGGUCUUCGAUUUGUGCGCGCUCAUGAAGCACGUGACCAUGUUCAGCGAAGACAUCUUCGCCGGAUUAAUCUCCCUCAUCUUCAUCAUCGAUGGAGCACGGCCGAUCAUCGACAAGCGGCCGUGGAUCAUUAAUCCCGCCGGCAUGGACCGCCCCUUCCCAGCUUGGGGCAUUGCUUAUGCGAUCCUCCCGGCUAUCGGCUUCGCAGUCCUGGGUUACCUGGAUCAGAAUCUCACCUCCGUGAUCGUGAAUAGACCCUCCAACAACCUGAAAAAGCCGGCUGCCUAUCACCUCGACUUGUUCGUUCGUGGAGCACUGACGCUGCCCAUCUGUGCUGUGCUGGGCCUGCCCUUGUCCGUGGCCUCCACGGUGCCGAGCAUCACCCACGUGAUCUCGUUGACCACUUACGAAGUGAAACAACUUCCGGAAGGUGAGCGCAAGGUGCCUACGAAGGUGGUAGAGCAGCGUGCUACUAACUUCUU